GAGAAAGAGUCGGUGAAAGAGAGGGAGAGUCUUUACGUUGCCAUCGAGCAUCAGAGGAGAGGGGAUCUAAAGGAAGUCCUGUGUUUGUGUGAAAGAGAGAGAGAGAGAGAGAAAUAGAGGGAGAGAAAUAGAGAGAGAAAUAUAUAUAGAGAGACAGAGAGAGAAAUAGAGGGAGAGAAAUAGAGAGAGAGAGACAGACAGAGACAGAGAGAGAGAGAGAGAGAGAGAGAGAGAGAGAGGGGGGGAGGAAACACCACAUAAAGAGACAGAAGAGACCCUUUCCUGGAACUCUCCAGUCCUCUCGGAGUGUCGCCGCUCACUGAAGGAGAAAGACAGCAGUGUUUUAAAGAGGAACAGUGUACCUGGUUGUCAUUCUGCUGACGGCUGAGACAAACAGAGAAGAAGAAAUGUCUGGUCAUUUACAAAGGAGAAACUCUAGCAAGGCAGGUCUGCAGAACCUCCUCAGGGUGACGGCCCAGCGCAGUAUUGAGGAUGCUGAGGAGAUAGAGCGGGAACGACGACGGAGGGCCAGGGAGAGACAGGGAGACCAGGUCCCCCACACCCACACUGGCCCAGCCAGCACCACCAGCCCCACACCAGACAAUGGGCUCCAGGAGCUAUAUCCAUUGUGUGAGAGUGAGCUGAAGGCUAGUGGCUGCCAGUUGGCUCUGGAGGAGGACGAGGGCUUCAGUGACUGGACCCAGAGGUUGGAGAAACGCAGACAGCGCCACCUGGAGGAACAGGAGUCCUGGGAGCAGCAUCAGCCCCAGCAGCAUCAACCCCAGCAGCAGCAUCAGCCCCAGCAGCAUCAGCCCCAGCAGCAGCAGCAUCAACCCCAGCAGCAUCAGCCCCAGCAGCAGCAGCAUCAGCCCCAGCAGCAUCAACCCCAGCAGCAGCAUCAGCAUCAACCCCAGCACCAUCAACCCCAGCAGCAGCAGCAGCAGCAGCAGCAGCCCCAGCAGCAUCAACCCCAGCAGCAGCAGCAGCAUCAGCCCCAGCAGCAUCAGCCCCAGCAGCAGCAGCAUCAGCCCCAGCAGCAUCAACCCCAGCAGCAGCAGCAGCAUCAGCCCCAGCAGCAUCAGCCCCAGCAGCAGCAGCAUCAGCCCCAGCAGCAUCAACCCCAGCAGCAGCAUCAGCCCCAGCAGCAUCAACCCCAGCAGCAGCAUCAGCCCCAGCUGCUCAGGCUAAACGGAGCCUCCCCAAUCAGGCCCUGCUUGAAGACACGUCCUGGACCUGGGCCCGAGGAGAGGGAGGAGAAGGAGGUAGAGUGGGAACGAAGAGCCAGCAACAAGACACAAGACGCUUCAAGAAGAGUAACAGAUGACAAGGUAGUGGAGAAGAAGAAAUCUGAGCUGAAGAUCUCCUACACCUCUAAAGUCAUGAGACACGUCAACAGUAACGGUGAAGCAUCUGGAGCGGAAGUGACCUCAUACCUAGUUGCAGGGAAACUGUCUCCAAGUCGCAGUGGCAGCUUGGGAGGGCAGAGAAAGGAGGAGGUGGAUGGAGAGGUUACCGUGGGGCUGCUGGAGACAGAGAAGACACCAGGCCAGGGACAGGGCACCCUAGAACAGCUGAGACAGAGACAGCAGGAAGACCAGGAGGAGAUGGAGGAGUUGAACCGCAGGAGAGAGGAGAAACGCAGAGCCAGGGAGGAGGAGGAGCACCAGAGAGAGAAAGAGGAGCAGCACAGACAGGAGCAGGAGGAGGAGGAGAGGAAGAGGGUGAAAGACGGGAUGGAGAGUAAGAGGAUGUCGGCUUCAGAGAGAAGGAUGAAGAACCUCAGUAUUUCCAGCAUUGAGGGAGACGAGUCCUUCAGCCCCUUCAGUCCCAUGAGCCCCACCUUCAAGAAUGACACCGAGGAGAGGAUGACGUCUGAGAAUACCUGCACGAUCAACGAGAGGACUGAGUCUCUCAACCGCUCUUUGCAGAAAAGUAACAGCAUCAAGAAGACACAGCCUCCCAUCCCCAUCUCCAAGAUCGACAACAGGCUGGAACAGUACACUCAUGCCAUAGAGACGUCCUCUAAGGAAGCCAAGGCAGCCAGGCAGCAGGCUCUGAUGGACCUGCCCAGCCCCACUGAGCCUGUGGCCUCCAAGAAGAACCUGUUUGAGGCCGGGGAAGCUUGGAGCCAGACCCCCAGGGAAACACCUUCCAAGGAUACAGAGGGUCUGAACGUAGGCGUGGCCGACCUCAUCCACCAAUGGGUGAAAGGGAACCCAGACGGAAGCUGCAAAAGCCUCUCCAAGCCAGCAGAGGUGAAGGCUGGUGAUGUUCUGAGCAAGAAGAACCUCUGGGAGAAUCUAGGAGACUCUUCACCGGCUGGGAGAGCAGGGAAGGGAGCUUCCUCUGGUAAAAAGUACAAAUUUGUGAUGAUGACUCACGGCAAGUAUGAGAAGGUUGCCAUCGGUGAUGAGGAUUACAACGAGCACACAAACGGAAAAUCAACUGGAUAAUGCCUUGAGGAAUUGUGAAGAACACACGUUGGAUUGUGAUUACUUUGACGAUCACUUCACCUCCUAUUUAUCAUUCAUUCCAUUUAGCCGACAUAUUCCUCUUAAAAACAACAUUUAGAUCAACAUUUCUGAAGCAUAUGCAGUAUGUUAUGUGUACCAGUUGAUUUUCUCUAUAGCAACACACUGCCAACCUGGUAUAAAAUUAUUGACAAACGGUCAAAAAUAUACAAUUAUGCAAAAAUAUUCAUGUUUGUACUCGUUUAUUUUGGACAAUCUUAUCCAUGAAGUCUUUUAGUGAAUAUUUAGUUUUCAUUUACUAUUUUGUUAACUUUAAUUAAAAAAAUGAAAUAAAGUAAAUGAAUGAGGUAAA